AUGGGAACCAGACCUGGUCCGAUUUCGAAUGCAGUUGGGGUGGAUUGGAAACCGGGAAUACAUGAAGUACAGACAAAGCAGAGAGCGCCGGAUGGUCUAGGAAUUCGGGCUAGGCCCGAGGAGAUGCGAUACUUGCUCUUUGGCCAUGUAGUGAUUGCUGGCAUUCGCUGUCCCCAGGCGGGCAUUGCAUAUACGAACAUCUACCCGCUUGCUCACGGACAGAAUCCUCCCAUGAGACGAAUGGUCAAUGCUCAUCCCGGCAGAGUCGAAGCAGUACGUGUCCCCGUGUUCCUCCUCACGCCUCCAAGUGACUUCUCAGCGGAAUUCUCAUCAGGUUACUACGUGGGACGAAUUUGCCUUGCCAAAUGCAAUGCAUGCACGGCAAGAGAGAGAUAUGACGGAGGUUAUGGCCGAUGGAAUAUAUCAGAUACAACCACGUACGGGUCUCUGAGAAGUAUCCCCUGA